AUGUAUUGCAUUCUAAGUGCCGUUAGUCGCAGUACAUUGGAAAGUAAUAUAUCCACAAUUGAGUCAAAAUCAACGGAUUCUUACAAGCCUUCUGCCACGAGCGCGUGUUCAUUCCCAUCAACAGAAGAAUCGCUUCCGAGUGCUUAUAAUUACCAAAUCAAAAGAACUCAAAUUGAAUUUACUAUGGAAGCAAUCCAAAAUAAUUCAAAGCAUUACACUGGAAUCCCCAAGGAAUCAUUCCAUGUGAUAGACAUUCUCGCUGAGGCUACUGGUAUAAGUGUACGAGAUAUGUUUAUCAUAUUUCGAAAACUUCGGCUGAAUGAGGCAUAUUGGCAUUUGGCGAUACAGUUCCAGCUUUCGACAUCAAGUAUAGGAAGAAUCAUAAAUGAAAAUAUUGCUCUGUUGGCAGAUGCUAUGGACGGGUUCAUAGUUUGGCCAGAAGUCGAGGAAGUUCAAAUAAAUUUGCCCAGUACUUUUAAGCAUAGAUUUGGAGCUGUUAAUACUAUUAUUGACUGCUUCGAAAUUCAGAUAGAACGGCCUACAAAUGCUGUGCAUCAAGCAUUAUCGUACUCAAUGUACAAAAAAUGUAAUACAAUAAAAUAUCUAAUUGCAUGUUUGCCAGACGGGUUAAUAAAUUAUAUAUCAAAGGGGGCUGGAGGACGUAUAUCAGAUAAAGAGAUUGUUAGGGAAAGUGGUUUUCUAGACAAACUAUUUGAAAAUACGAUGGUUAUGGCCGACAGAGGAUUCAAAUCGAUAGAACUAGAUAUACGUGAGAAAAAAUGUAGCUUAGUAAGGCCGCCAAGCACAACUGUAAGCAAAAAAAUGAGUCGCGAGGAAGUUUUGUUGAAUAAAAGAAUAGCUAGCUUGCGUAUACAUGUAGAAAGAGCUAUAGGAAGAUUAAGAGAUUUUCAAUUGCUUAAACCUCACGCAACAGUGGAAAGUAGAAUAAUAAAUAAGUUAGAUUAUUAUGUGUGCAUUGCAUGUGGUAUAUGUAAUAUUCAACCUAAUUUGAUCAAUGAAUAAACAAUUUAAAAUCGUACAAUCACAAUUUAUUUACAUUCAUAAGAAUAUUGUGCUAAUAGCUUGACAAAUACUGCUUUUUCCCAAAAACUUUCUAAUUUUUGUAUUAAAGCUAAACAAUAUUUCUGGUCAUGCGUUACUUCCUUAAUUAUUAUAUUAUCUACAAUUGCAUCAGUUUCAAAAAUGGGUUUCGCAACACAAAAUAGAGCUUUUUUUCUUCGACAGAGAUGCAAUUGCAGCUGUAUUUGCGCAAGACAUUUUGCCAUAAUAUUGCCUGAUUCACUUAUAUAAUAUUUGUUUAAAGAUUUCAUUGUAGCAGGACAUUUGAUUUCAUAAAUAAUAUUUUUUUGAAUCCCAUCUGGUGAUGCUCCAAGAAAAGGGUAUGUUCUUGACAAGAACAAUCCUGCUUCAGAGAUCGUACCAUACUUCGAAGACAACACUGCAAGAACUUUUUUUUCUAACUCUUUUCCGCGCUUCAUAUUUUGUGUCUCGAAAGGUGAGGUGAAUCCCAUAAUACGUUCAACUAAUGAUCCAGCGAACGUUUUGCAUUUUGAAGCUUCAUAGCAAAUUGAAGCAGUUAUACGUCCUAUGCGUAAUCGAAUCCAUUCUUGACUCUCACUCUGUUCUGUUGUAUGAGUUUGAACUUGCUCAAGAAUUGAAUAGCUCAUUUUGGUUUCACAGUAUUUGAAGAAAGUUUGCAUAUUCAUAUUGACAGGCUUCGACUUCUUAAACAUUAUGAAUAGAGUAUCUAUUUGAAUAGUUUUUGCAUCAUCAUAUGGCAUUAAAUAUUUUAGUAUACCAAAGGGAUUCUUACAAUCCUUGAAAUUAGAAUGAAGUGCAUAUUUCACGUUAAUAUCUAGUUUUUUUAAAGGAUCAAUUUGUUUCUUUAAAACUCGAUCUGUACCAUCCUCAUUUUCUUGGUCAUUAUCAAGGGUACUUGGAGUAUUCUUUGAAAAUACUAUUUCAUUUGCCCAUAGUACACCUUUUU